UGGGCUGUGUUCUUUCUCCUCUGUCUGUGUGCGAAUGCACAGACGGUUCACUAGUAAUUUGAUGUGUGUCCCCGGGGACAUUUGAUGGAUUAAAGCUAAGCAGCUCCAUUUCGUAGCACCACCUGAUCUUCCACUGCCUGUGCCCCAUAUAAAGGCUGGCGUGAUUGCUGAUCUCAGCUAGUCUGACAGUCACUCUCUCUCCCUCUCUCGCCCUCCCUCUCUCUUCCUCUGUGUCUCUCUGUGUCUCUUCUCUUUCUCGCUGGUCCCUUAAGCCUGCUGCAUCACAGGAGCUAUCCAGUGCUGAACAGGAUCUUUUUUUAUUCUUUUUUUUUUUUGGAAGCUGGGGGGAGGCAUCGAGAGGCACGGCGUCGCCCACCAGCCCGCGUUCUCUCUGGUUUCCAUUUUCUUUCCCAUCCUAUGUUUUGGGCUGUUGUCUUUUCCAUUAGACACACGGAUUUACUGUCAAUCCACGCUCCCGCCUGUGUGUGUGCGCGUGCGUGCGUGCGUGCGUGUGUCUGUGUGUGUGUGUGUGCGUGAGAAGCGCUCUCCUCUUUUUUGUUGCUUUUUUUUUUCCCCUUCUCCUGUCCACUGCUCAUGCUUUCUCUCAGCUCCCUGUUUUGAUCCGCUGCACCAUGCCCCGCUCAUUUUUGGUGAAGAAAAUCAAGCUUGAUGAUUUCUCCUCGGCCACCUCCAACCACCACCACCACCACCACCACCACCACCUGGACGACUCCUUCACUUUUUCACGCUCCAUCACAGACUCCGUCACCAGCUUGGGGGUCCGUCUCAGCGAGAAUGGCUACAUCCAGGAUUACAUCACGCCAUCUGUGUACCAGGGGGAGAAGAAGAUGGAGCACAAGCUGGCCUCCCCCGUGUCGGACCCCCUGUACGCCCAGGGGGCGAACAGCGGCGGCGAGGAGUACUGCGAGCCUGACCUGGAGCACCCUGACAGCCCGCAGUCCGGCAUGACGGCCAGCGGCUUCUACAGCGGCGAGUCGGACGCGCUGGCCGAGGGCUACACCAUGGAUGCCUUCUUCAUCUCCGACGGCCGCUCGCGGCGGAAGAGGGACAGCGAGUCGCGCAGCGGUGGCGGCGGCGGCGGCGGCUCGGGCUCACGGAGCAGCGCCUCCAGCACGCCGGCGCCGGAGGAGAGGGGCUCCAGCUGCGGCACGGCGCGCCACAGCUGCAACGAGUGCGGCAAGACGUACGCCACCUCGUCCAACCUCAGUAGACACAAGCAGACGCACCGCAGCCUGGACAGCAAGAUGGCCCGCAAGUGUCCCACCUGCGACAAGGUGUACGUGUCCAUGCCGGCGCUGGCCAUGCACAUCCUCACCCACGACCUCAAGCACAAGUGUGACGUGUGCAGCAAGGCGUUCAGCCGGCCCUGGCUGCUGCAGGGCCACAUGCGCUCGCACACGGGGGAGAAGCCGUUCGCCUGCGCCCACUGUGGCAAGGCCUUCGCCGACCGCUCCAACCUCCGUGCCCACAUGCAAACACACUCUGCCUUCAAGCACUACAGAUGCAAGCGUUGCAAUAAGACCUUUGCCCUCAAGUCCUACCUGAACAAGCACUACGAGUCGGCUUGCUUCAAGGGCUCCGCGGAUGAAGACGGAGAAGACGAGGAGUCCGGGUCGGAGAUCUGACCGCGAGAAGGAAAGAGAAAGAGAAAAUAAAUAAAAACCCAGUUGACGGUUUUCAACCAACAAUCCUUUCCACUCUACCCUCCAUGCCUUUUUUCUUCCCUUUUUUUAGAAAAGCAAUAUUUUCACUGAGAUUACGUGAAGAAACUGCUGAUUAUGGCAAAAGACAAUUUAAAAAAAAAGAUGCUGGAUUUCCCCCCCUGCACAGUAGCUAAUAGUCCACAGAAACAUACAAUCAAACAACUACCCCCAAAUAAAAAAACCUGUAGAAGUUAGUUUUACACAAAUGACUAACAUGUACACAAGAACACACCACACACAAACACGUACAUAAAGACACAUGCACGUGAGCACACAUACGCACGUACAUCAACUUAUACAACACACAAACACAAUUAUAUAUGAGGCCUGGCAUGUGAAUUUUUAUCAAUGACUAUAAUGAUAUUGAUACCAAUAGUAAUAAUAUUUAGAUUCCUGAUAUUUUAUAGCAAAUAGUACACAAAAAUGAACAAAAAAAAUAACAUAAAAAGGACUGUAAGUGUUCUUUUGUUUUCUAGAGACAAAAUGACCUCUUGUAUUUUUAUGCUGCUUUUUAUUUGCUAAGAAUUGAAUUCUUUUGCAACUGCCAACAUGAACUUUUUAUGAAAAUGUGAACUAUGACAGUAUUUGCAAAAAAGGGAGAUCAUUUUAAAAGGUAAAAAAAAAGACAAACUCCUUUUUGCCA